GUCGCAAUGCACAGACACCAGAACGGAGAGCAUCCCUCUCCACAAAAACAGAGACAUCGCCUGCCUCAGUGGUUGAAUCACUUCAAUGCGGCUGACCUCAAAGUCUUUGCAAGAUGUUGGGUGGCAGUAUGGGUGUCGAUGCUGCUCAUCUUCAUUCAGCCUGCUCUCAAUCACAUUGGCCUCGCUGCAUUCCUGGCGACUAUGGUGCUUUUUAUUGUACCCCCAGCUAGUACCGUCCUCAUCUAUCUGCUUGCAACAUUGUCUCUGCUAUUGGGCAUGUGCCUUGCGUGGGCAUGGGGACUUGUCACAAUGAAAGCUGCGUUGGCAGCGAGACCAGACUCAACAACCAAUGCUAAGCUAGCAGAGCUGCAACAACAGGCUGUCGCAACGGCAAAUCAGACGGGUGAGUCGGUAGCCUGGGAGGCACAAGUUAUGGUCUACGAUGGGUUCAUGCUGGACACUCGAGUCACGAUCAUCUUCUACGUGAUGGGAUGCAUCUUCAUCUACGCUGUGUCUCGGCUGCGAUGUGCGAACCCGAAAUUCACCCUGACUCAGGUUUUCGGCAUCAUUGUUACCGACAUUUUCAUGGAGUUUGGAACGUCAUUACCGAGCUUCAAUGGAACCAUACCAUCCGUCUUGGUCAAGCCAGCAGCUAUUGGCAUUGGCCUCGGGGCGGUCUCCAGCCUUUUGAUCUGGCCUCGAUCAACGUCGCACAUUGCCCUUACGAUGGCAGAAAACCUGACACGCCUAUCGAAAAGCGCGCUUCAAGUCACCCUAGCACGGCUGCACGAUCGCCAAGUCACUAUUGUCGAAGCGAAGAGGCUAAGAGGACAAAUGAUUGCAACACUCAAAGCAGUGCAGCCUCACAUGGCUUUCCUACCUCUCGACGUUUCACGCGGCGUAUGGAACGCAGAUGACAUUCAAAGCCUCCAGAGGCAUGUCAGGAAGCUCAUGUUCUCUUCUUUGUACCUGAUCGACUUCCAUAUCGCUAGGCUCAACGCAGCUGAGAUGCUGAAGGAAAAGGAUGAGCUGCAGAGCGAGGAUGCUCACGACACGAACAUCACUUCAAAUACAUAUCAAAUCGGCCAACGUCAUCGGCAAGAAUCUAAGGAUAUCCUGCUUGCAUUGCAGCGUCCCGAGCAGCACGACAUACAAGUAGAGACGCGCCGUGCCAUGCAGGAGUCGACCGAACACAUACUUCAAAUAAGUUCUGAGGCCGUCGAGCUUGCUGCUGGUUGCAUCCAUACCGGGAAUUCUUGCAGAUGGUUCAGAAAGCCGGAGCCAGCUCGAUUCGACUCUCUUGUAGUCCAACUGCGCAACAAGCGAGAACAGCUUCAGGUGUUGCAGGAGGAGAGCAUCAAGAUGACAGUGAACCGUGUCAAGGAAGCACACAGAGAACUGUUUGACGAGGAGGGUAUGCUCAAGGUCGUGGACAACAAGAGUCCGUUGCUGCCUAGUAUGGUUAUUGCCAUGGUCCUCGAAGAGCGCAUCAACAGCUUUGCAACAGCGACCAAGCAGUUGCUAGACCACCUUGAACGACUUUGCUCGAGUCGCCAAACUCCCCGAGUAUGGUUUCCAUCACGAUUACAGUACGCCUUCAGCUGGGUACGUCACGGAGGGGUUGCUGUACCCGAAGGGGCUGCAGCAGGCGAGAGCAGCGCCGGGAUGGACAAAGACCCCGAUGAGGUCUUGGAACACACUGAAGAGAUUCGCCGAAGACUUGAGACCACUCGGGGACUCAAAGGCUCCUCAGCUCGACGCAACAAGUUCAGUCGUACAGUCAGCGCUUCCUACAGAUGGCUCACGAAUCCAGCUGGGAUGUAUUCCCUGCGCAUGGUGAUCGUGACAAUCGCCUUGACUAUCCCUGCUACGCUCCCUGCUACAGCUGGUUUUUUUUAUCGCGAAAAAGGUAUAUGGGCUGUUAUAAGCGCUCAGCUUGUGCUGCUUGUCUACAUGUCCGACUUCACCUUCUCACUCGUCACACGUACGCUGGGAACUAUCUUUGGCGGCGCCUUGGGAAUGGUGGCAUGGUACAUUGGCGCCGGCAAUGGUCCUGGAAACCCUUAUGGAAUGGCAGCCAUCACUGGAGCAAUGCUUUUGCCUAUAGUAUGGUGCCGACUGUACAUGCCUCCGGCAUUUACCACGGCAAUCAUCAUGGGCUCAGCUACCUUUGGCCUUGUCAUAGGUUUCAGCUGGGACGAAGGCCACCUUCAGCAAUACGGGCUUCCAGGAACAGGCUACGAGUGUUUUUGGAAGCGCGUUGUGACCGUGCUCAUUGGAUUCUUGGCGGCCUCAAUUGUUCAGGUAAUCCCUAGACCACCCUCAGCCACGAGACAUGCCUGCAAAACUCUUGCAAACUCAAUCCGUACCCUUUCAGAUCACUACGCACUUCUGGUAUCGCACUGGGGGCGGUCAGAUAAGAAUACUCAUGCUUUAGCUGUUGUUUCUGGCCAGAUCACCUUGAAGGUGGCUAGCAGACUGCUGGCGUUAGACCCAACCAUCGCCAACCUCAAAUUGGAGCUCAGCUCUAGCCCGUUCAACCAGAAUACCCUCAAGCAAGCUCAGGAGCAAUGUCAGAACAUCAACCAGGCACUUGGAGGCCUCCUAGAGCUCGCAGCAGAGCUCCCGUUGGAGAUUCAGGAAGUCCUGACUGAUGCAACUGGCAUCAAGGAUGAUCGAGCGAUAGGAGAUAUCAUGGCCGUACUGGCAAUCAUUGAACAGGCACUCAGAACAGGAUCUCCCCUCCCCGAAAGGCUACCUACCCCAUUGAUCGCUCGAGCCGUCGAGUCGUAUGCCGCCACGAAGUUGAGGGCUGCUAUCGCCCCCAAGAUGCAUAUUGGCGAUGGACACCAUCGACGUUACUGCGUUGCUAUGAUCUGGCACCUCAAGUUCUUAACCGCAGUUGAUGAUCUGCUGUUAGUGCUAAAGUCGGUACUUGGAGAGCGACACAUUGUGUACCAGUGGGAACACGUUUAG